AUGAAACCAACAUCCAUUCAGGUGAAGAUACCUGAAACGAUUGGAAAUCUCAAAGCAAAGGUACGCGAGAAGAAAGGGAACCUUGAGAAUGAUCAGGGAUUCUUUUUCACGGGUGAACUGCUAUGGAUUGUGCCAUUAACAAGGACUCUACCGUCCAUUCUGUUCCCCACAGUUAAGAUACGGUUAUAUGUCAAAGUACCUUCAGAUGAUAAAAUCAUGGCCGUGAAAGUGAAGAGUUCUGAUACAAUUCAGAAGAUCAAAUCCAUAGCUCUUGCCAAAGAGUCGAUCCAGGGAAAGCAGUACUCUCUUUACCAUGCAGGAAUCCGGCUGGAGAAUUUCAGGACCUUGGCCUAUUAUGACAUUAAGGAAGAAGGUGCCAGCUGA